AUGGCAGAAGAGCAGCAGCAACAACAAGUUGAAGAUGUGCUUCAGACAGCGAGAAGCAAGUUUAGUAUUCAAAUCACAUCGGCGACAACAAUGCACAUUGAGAUUGCACGCGAGCAAUGCAAAUCGAGUAGCUGCAACAUUUCCACAUUGCUGCUGCACAACGGGCGACAAUAUGCCAGCAAUUUUGUGGUGAAACGUAAAUGGAUUGCAUCCAUGCAACAACAACUGAUGAAGUGGUCGUUGUCGUUGCCACAUCAGCUGCCGAAGGAACCAUCGGCCAAGGAUACACGGCAAUUGUUUUGCGACAACUGCAAUCAAUCAUUCAAUAAAGCUUUGCAGCUUUGCUUCGACAUUGAGCGUAGCAUUAAGUUUAGUUGCCAAUCGCUGGUCACGAUCAUCGAAUGCUUCAAUCACUCGCCAAAUGGUCGCUCACGGCUGCUGACUAACGGCAGCAACUACAACAAUAGCAAUGGUAGCAACAUUGGAGAUAGCAGUAAUGAGAGCAACAUGAACAUUAUUGACAACAGCAAUGAGAUCAGCAACAGCAUCAGCGAUGGAAAGAGUAAUGACAGCAACAACAACGGCAACGACAACAUUGCAUACUGCAGUGAUAACAGCAACGUAGAUAGCAACAUCAAUGAAAAGAGCAACUGGAAUAAUAACAACAACAGCAACAGUCACAACAUUAACAAUGGAAAUAUCAACAACAUCAACAACAUCAGCAACAAUGCCGACAGCAGUGAUAACAGCAACAGCAACAUCAAUGACAAAAGCAACAUUGACAGCUACAGCAUAAGCAAUGACAACAAUGAAAAUAUCAAUGAAAAUAUCAACCACAUCACCAACAUCAGCAACAACAACAUUGGAGACUGCAGUGAUAACAGCAACAGCAAAAUCAUUAACACAAGCAACAUCAAUGUUAACAGCAACAUCAAUGAGAAGAGCAACAACAUUAGCAUUAGCAAUGGAAAUAGCAACGACAUCAACAACAUUGGAGACUGCUCAACAUCAAUAGGAACAGUAACAACAUCAGGUAUGGAAAGAGCAACCACAUUAAAAACAUUGGAGACUGCAGUUCUAACAGCAACAUCAUUGAGGAAAGCAACAUUUAUUAAUGAUAACAGCAACAUCAAUGUUAACAGCAACAUCAUAAGCAAUGACAGCAACCCGAUCAACAAUGUGAAUUUGAAAUGCAACAGGAACUGCAAUGUCAGCAGCAACAUUGAUGAGAGCAACGACACCGACGGCAACUCCGAGAGCGACAGCAACAGCGACAGGGAAUGCGUGAUCAACAACAGCGAUAAGGAUCUUAAUUUGAAUGCACGCUUUGUGAAUUUGGUUGAUUACGUGCAACUUGCGGAGAGCGAAGCAGCAGCAACAGUUGCAGCAACAGCAUUGCUGAACGUUGACUUUCAAUAUGCGCGACAAAUGUGGCCAAUGAUGAUGGGCAGCGAAAGUGUCGACACUGAUGAAGAUAAAGAUGGAUUUGUUAAUGGUGAUGAAGAUGUUGAUAAUGAAGAUGUUGAUGAUAAAGAUGUUGAUGAUAAAGGAGCUUAUGAUAAAGAUGCAGAUAAUAAAGAUGAUGAAGAUGUUGAUGAUCUUCAUCAUGUUCAUGUUGAUAAUGUUGAAGACGUUGAUGAUAAAGAUGUUAAUGUUAAAGAUGUUAAUGAUGAUGAAGAUGAAGAAGAAGAUGUUAAUUAUGAUGAAGAUAAUAAAGAUGAAGGCUUUAAUGAUGAUGUUGGCGACACUGCUGAAGAUGUUGCUGAUGAUGUUGGCGACAGUGCUGAAGAUCAUCAAGUGCGUGAUCUAAACGAGUUGAGUGUUCGAUUGGUGCAAACGAACAGCACGAAUUCGCUGCCGGUUGUUUGCAAUGUUGACUUGGGCUCGUACAAUUCAAUAGAUAACAUCGACGAUCAGUGGUCGGAGUUGGGCUGCAAGAAAGCUGGCAUCGAUGAAUGGCUGCAGAGCGAAGAUCGUUCCUUCGAAACGAACUUGAGUCGUCCACUGCGUCGCCUGAUUGGCGAACUUCCAGCACAGACAGCGCUCGAAGAGCGUCUCACUUGGUUGAUCGACGAAGAAGCUAACUAUGUUGCUCCUGCUGUUGUUGAGGAUGAGCGAUCGUCGCGUUGGCGUUUGUAUCAGGAUUUGUGUUCGCCUGAUGUUCGGCUUUUAAUACGUCAGAGCAUCAAUGAGCUGGCAUACUUGCAACAGAAUUUGAAUCGCAUCGAUGUGCAGCAAGAACUUAGAUACGAGAAUGAGGAAUCGGAUGAGGAGGAAGCCAGCAGCAGUUGCAACUAUGAACCGGAGUUGGAGUUGGAAAUUGUGCCGCUUGCCUCGUAUGUAAAGCAAACAGCUGAGCUAAUUGCCCAGAUUAAGGCAACACUUUAA